GAGAGUAGUCCGUACUCGCCUCUUGCGCGCUCUGAUGGGGCGCUCCGCUCCGACGCCGCUCCUGCUCCUAGCCUUCCUCUUUUGGAGAUGCCUCGCCGCCGCCAAGGCGGGCUGCGAAAAAGGUAAGGGGGCUGCCCCGGCAGGCGGACGGGUGGGGAGGCUUGGCCGGAGCCCGGCUGGCCCCUCAGCCCGCUCCUCUGACGACUUUGCCCUUCUCCUCCAGGCACCUACCGGGACGCCCAGCGCCAGACUUGCAGCCCCUGCACUCCGUGCCAAGGUAGGUGUCUCCUCCCGUUCGCGGUCCCCACUCCCAGCUGGCGCCUGCUGCUUCCGAAGGGGGCUUCAACUCGCAAACAGGGCGUGAGAAAUCCUGAGGGUAGGUGGUGGUGGGAGAGAGAGACUGCCAGCUGAUUCUCAGAACAACCCCGGGAUGGCUCAUGAGGAGACUUCCCAGGCUCUGAGCAGGGACGAGCAGGACCAAUUUCCUUUAGAAAGGGGAGUGAUACUGCCACCUGGGAAAAGUGUAUCUGGACUUGCCUCUUCUGCAUGAUGAGAUGUUGGCACAACCCAGAUCUUAAGAGCUUUUGUUGCUUGGGGUGGGGAGAGUCCACAAGAGCUGGGCAUGCACACGAGAGGUGCAAUGCAAAUUUGCUUGAGAGCAGGGUAGACCUUAAGCACUUUCUUGCAUCCUCAAGCCAUGCAAACAUGGGAAGAGCUGUAUCACAUGGCCAAUGGCACAUCUAGCUCCGUAUCCAGUUUUUGCAGUGGCCAGAUGCCCCAAAGGGAUGUCCUCACAAUGAGAACCCGAGCACACUUUCUCCAUUGGCGAUGCCCAGCAGCUGUUUCUCAGAGGCAUACCGAAGCCCUCCACCGAUUUAGCAGGGCUUCCAACGCAAACCCUCAGGAAUUCGAUUGCAACAAAACCCCUGCUCAAGCAGAGGGAAAAGCCCUUCAUUUUAGCAGCACCUUACAGGGCAUGGGCGUAGCCAGGAUUUAUUUGGGGGGGGCAGACAUUAUGUUGGGGGGGCAGAACCGAAAUAUCUCUGAUGCAAUUGGUCAGUUAGUUAAGUAUUUAUAUUUAUUUACUUGAUUUAGGAGCAGCAGCUGCGCCCCCCCGGCUUUGCCCAUUUUGCAGGGUGCUUUGACAAAAAAAUUUAUUAGUUUUCCAAUAUUAACCCAAUUAUACAAAUGCCAAUGAAUUCCGAAUGAAUACAAUCUAAUUAAAGAGGUUUCCCGCGGACCGCAUUUGACGCAUUCAUAUUCUUAUCGUUCAAAGCGCCUUGCCCCUGACAUCAUUGCGAUGCUGGGUGAUUGACAGGUGGAUGGCCCCACCCACUUGUCAGAUUAACUAGUAACCAAGGGUACUAGUUAGUGGAGGCCAGACAGGCUCUCUCCCAAACACCUUGUCAUGCAGAGCCUACCUGCUUGCCUCCAGAACUCCUCCUUUGACUCAGUUGCCACUUUGUGUGGCCACAGCUGCUUGAUGAAGCCAAUAGCCCCUUCUUCGGGUAUAAUGUGGACCUCUAAAAAUGCAUUAACUCUUUAGACAAAUAUCAGUAUGAGCGACGCUGCUCAGAAGACGCCGAUGCUGUCUGCAGAUGCGCCCCUGAAUAUGAAUGUGGAGAUCUAGAGUGCGGCAGCUGCGUCUGUGGUAUUGGAGAGGAGUGGAACGGAGCAGGUGAGGGCUUAGGAUGGGUAGGAAUGCGUCAAAGUCUGGAGAUGUGUGCAUGAUGUGGCACUGUUGGCGGAGAGACCCUCAUGUCACAGACGGGUUGGGUGGGCAGAAAGGUCCCUCUUUGGUUGCUGUGCUUCUGGGGUGCUAGAGGGAGGGAAAGACGAUUUGGAGAGAUAGAGGAAAGAGGCAUGGGGUGGGGAAGGGUGUCUGGCUGACAGAAGAUGGAAAAGGGGAGGCUGACUUGGGGGGCACAAAGGGGCGGAUGGGGAACAGAAGGGAGAGGUGCCUGGGAAUAAACUUGGGCUGUUCCCAGGUUAUGGGCUGUUUCCUGCCAUCUCUGGGCACCUUCUUUUGAGGCUUUGGAACAUGAAGAAAAGGUGCUGUCGAAAUAAGACAGAGGAGUGUGUCCGAGGCUCCACCUCCUCCAUCGACAACAUCUCACCCCCAAUGCUGCCCCCUCACUUUCCAGUGACACCUUACAAGUGUUCUCUGAGAAUCUAGUGACCCUGUUGAAUAUUAGUCAGCAAAGAGGUGCUUUCUGUUUUAGCUGAAAUGAAACCAUUUCCCCAACCUAGAAUUCCAAGGCAUCAACAUAUAUGGGAAAUAAUGUUACAUGCCUUCCUUGCCAGCAGAGGGGGUAGAGGUUUUCAAGCUCUUGUAAGCUUGGUGAGUUUGGGAGUCCGUUGGACCAGGCCAGAGGGCAGGGCUGGGUUUGUUGCCUCACUUCCAUUAAGUAACCCCCACCUGUUCCUCAAAGGUUGCCAAGAGUGUCCUGAAGGGAAGUUUAAGGCCUGGAUAUCUGGUGAAUGCCAAAACUGGACACAGUAAGUCCUUUUAAAAAACGAGCAAAAACAUUUUUUUCUCAGUAUCAUAGUUGCUGGUGUGCGUUUUAAUGGGGCUUUGCGAUUGCCUGCAGAUGUCCAGCUAAUCAGAUCUCAAUUCCUGGGACGGCGAAAACUGAUGUGGUUUGCAACACGACAACAGAAGGCCCUACAAAACCCACGACUUGGCCGGUUUUAACUAAGGAGACAGGUGAGGGUUUGCUGCCUCUCUCUAAGUGCUGAAUGACCAGCAGCUUGGCAGAAGUCACUCAGAGGGCUUUGCCUCUGUUGCUCUCUAGGCAGAGGAGGGUGGCAACAGGAAAUAAGGGCAAGGCACCCUCUACUCUGUGUCACACUAAUAGUCCCUGAUGGAAAUGGAGACCUGGCUUCUCUCUCGAGGGAGGGAGGAGAAUAACAUUUGCUAGAACACACAGUUGACGCACAGUCAUUUUGCAGCUUGGUUUGGGGGGGAUUUAUUUUUGGCAGCUGUUCUAGUUUCUGAAUUGCUGGAUUUGACUAUGAGCUGCUUCAAGGACCCUAAUUGGGUGGAAAACGUAUUAUUACAUUUUUUUGUUUUCUUUUUCAUUUAGCUUCUAGACUGGUAAAUCAUCCUAUUUCUACACCUCUCCUUUGUCUGCUGCUCCUGCCUCUCAUCCUUCUCCUCCAACUCAGCUCUCAGGUGCCUUUCUGCAUGCAGCGACGUAGCUAGCCGCUCGGGUGCCUGGUGCAGGGGCAUGUCCUGCGGCCGGGGGCGGGGUGAUCCACCCAUGGGGGCAGGGCAAGCCUCUCCGACGCUGUAAGGCGGCUGAGGGAGAGGCAGUAGGCAGAGGCAAAUCCCACGCUGCCAUUUUAGGCAGUGCAGAACCUGCAGGUGCCUAAGCCACCACAUCAUUCCUGAAGUUUUGUGAGCCCAAUUUUUUAAAAAACUCAUUUUGUCAGCCCCCCUCAGUGAUGACACCUGGGGCGGUCCGGACCACCCACACCCCCUAUCUCCGCCACUGUCCUCAUGGCCAGAAACAGUGCACACUGGUCCUCAGCUAUCCUUGGUCACCCUGAAGCCCCCUCAGUCGACGUUCUCACAUGCCCUGCAUGACCACCUCUUUUCACCCUGGAGGCCAUAGCAACACAUACCGUAUUUUUCGCCCUAUAAGACGCACCAGACCAUAAGACGCACAUAAUUUUUGGAAGAGGAAAACAAGAAAAAAAAUAUUCUGAAUCCCAGAAGCCAGGACAGCAAGAGGGAUCACAGCACAGCGAUCCCGCUGGCUGUCCUGGCUUAUGGGAUAGCUGCGCGCAGCCUCUCCCGGGGGCAAGGGGAGUCUUCAUCCCCUGUCCGGGAGAGGCUGUGCGCAACUAAGGCUCCCCCAAGAGCCGCACACACGCUCCACGAGGCUCUUUAAAGGGAGUGCUGAGCAGAGCCUCCUGCCUGCAUUUGCUCCAUAAGACGCACACACAUUUCCCCUUACUUUUUAGGAGGGGAAAAGUGCGUCUUAUAGAGCGAAAAAAUACAGUACCUGAAAUGUUCAAAACUCCAUGCUUAGGGUGAUGAUGAGUUUCCAUUGUGGGCUGUAAGAACAGAAAAAAUGUUUGCUUCAUUCAGGAGUUCAAGUGAGGGCCAGGUACCCAUCCGUUCUGAGGCAAAAUACAACACCAGCCUCACAGCCUUCUAGAGGCUGCCUGCUUUGAAAUAAUGACCAUCCAUUGUUUUGGUACACAAUUAGUUAUCUCCACCUCUCCUGGAAUGAGUCACAUUUUCUUGGUAGAUAGGUGUGCUUGCCUCUGAGUAUUUUGUUACAGCCACAUCCUGGGUUGGAGGUCUCUGACUCCUUUGUGCCUCCAUCUUGGACAAAGUGGUGCCGCUGCUGGGCACCUGGUGGACUGGGCAGGUGCUGCCAGGCACCUGGUGCUAGAGAUCCCAGAGCUCUUCCCAGGCAGCAGGCCUGUUCCCUUAUGCAGAGCUGGAGUACCUGGUUUUUUCCUUAGGCCUCAGAUAACGCGGAUAUUUCUUCCUAAUAUUUCUUCUAAACAUAGGUUUAGAACUACUUGUCCGGGGGCAAGUAUUCAGUGGUAAAGGAAGGCUUUUCAGCCUUGUUCUCCUGAGCCCAAGCAAACCUGUAGGACUUCCUACAGGAGCUCGGCUUAGUUUUGGGGCUGCUAGUGAGGGAUGCCUUCUCCUUGUUUUUAGAGCAGGACAGCCAUCUGGUCCCCAUCAGUAUUGCCUUGGCGGUAGCCUUGCUUCUGUGCGUGCUGUUCCUGGUGCUCUUUUGCAUCUUCUUCAGAUCCUGGGCUCGAGAGAAGUUCCCGGCUGUGAUCCUGAAAGGUAAGACCAAGGCGCGAUCCUCUGCCAGGAACCUGCUCUCUGUUCCCCCCUCACACACCCCAAUGGGGUGCUUUGUCCAGGGUGAGUGGGGGUCCCCAUUGCAGCCAUUCAGCAUUCCUGGGUCACUGCAGCCUUUUGGUUUUCUGGCCAUGCAAACCCUGGCUGGUGAAAGGGCUAGACUUUCUUUCUUUCUUUCUUUCAGGAUUUAGAAAGACAAGCCCUGUGUUGUUUUUUUAACCUCCCAGGUUGCAGGUUCAGCUGGUCUCCUAGCAGCUCAGGGCUCCCAGGAGGAAAAAGAGACACACUGGAGAGCAGAACAGUGGAAUGGUCUCCCUUGGGAGGUUGUGGACUCUCCUUCCUUGGAGGUUUUUAAGCAGAGGUUGGACAGCCAUUGGAUGCUUUAGCUAUUGCAGAAGGUUGGACUAGAUGGCCCUUGGGGUCCCUUCCACCUCUACAAUUCUAUGAGACUUGAAAUAAGCUUUAGUCUAAGCCUGAUGCAUCUAGGAAGAAAAGCUUUCCUUGGGGCUGUUUUUUUUCUGAAAUAUGUUGGGCCUGGAAUAAAUAUUAUUUCAUUUUUUAAAAAAAGUAUUUUUAUUAAGUUUUCAACAAAGGUAACAAAAAUAAAAAUAAAAACCAAACAGUAACAAAUGCAAUAACAUCCAUAAACAAAUAAAAUUAUACAUAAAACCAUAUCAAUUCCAUAAAGUGGGAUUCUCUGAAUCCCCUGACUCCCCCCCCCCAUUCCUGGUUCCCUAAAUUUCUUAUCAAAUGCAUUUCAUUUCUACUCCAAUUUUUUUUUCUAACUUCAGAUUUCUUAUACUACUAAAUAUAAACUACAAGUAUUCUUAAAAUCCUGCCAAUAUAUUUAUCUGUUUACAAUACUUUUGCAAAUACAUAAUAAACAUUUCCAAUUCUUUUUUAAAUUUAUUGUCAUCUUGAUUUCUGAGCUUUCCAGUUAGUUUUGCCAUUUCAGCAUAGUCCAUUAACUUGGUUUGCCACUCUUCUUUCGUUGGGACUGCUUCUUCUUUCCAUCUUUGGGCUAACAGCACUCAAACUGCCGUCAUAGCAUACAUAAACAAUUUUUUCUGAUCUUUUGAAAUUUCCACUCCUACAAUACCUAAUAGAAAGGCUUCUGGUUUUUAAAUAAAGGUUAUUCUAAACAUUUUUUUUCAUUUCGUUAUAUAUCAUUUCUCAAUUUUUUUUUAACCUUCCUACAUUCCCACCACAUAUGAUAAAAUGUACCCUCUGUUUCUUUACAUCUCCAACACUUAAAUGUUAUUUCAAAUGCCUGGAGUUUCUCUCUCACUUUCUUUUUUCCCCUUCUUUUUUCCUUUUUAUAAUAAUAGUUAUCAGUUUUCAAUUACAGCCCAAUAGUAAUCUCAUUAUAAUAAUACCAAUUUAUAAUACAAUUAUUAAUACCAAUCGUUCAAAUACCAAAUUGUGCUAGAUUUGAUGGUUUGAUGAUUUUAUUUCUGCGUUCCAAAAUCUUAUUAAUUUCAAUUACAUACUGGUCAUAAUAAUAAUCCCUUAUACAACAACUGCAAUAUUAAUAAUGUCUAUUUGUGUGGACACAUUAAAUGAUUUAUAAAACUACAAGUGAGGAACUCAAACUAUAUCCUUGUUCUUGCUGUGUAUGGCAAUUAUUUUGUCCAUGGUGUUUCUUCCUGUCCUUGUAAGAUGUUAUGUCUUUCUUUCUUGUUGCUGUUAUCCAUCAUGCCAUGGGCAGAGCUGAUAUCCCAUUGUUGUUUCAGAGAUUUCUCUGUUGCUCUGUCCCGUGCUUCGUUGUUUUGCAACUUUAACAACAGCUGCAAAAGUGACUCUGUCCCAGUCAAUAUUACCUGUUGUCACCAUUUCCCCUCUCAGCCUGGGAGGAAGAGUGGUCUGUCGAACUGCAGAUGACUCAGUAAAGAACCUUAUCAGUUCCUUGGCAGUUCACAGACUCCUUUCAUCCUUCCUUCCAACUGUAUAUGUGCAAUUAUACUUCCGAUUAUAUUAAAUUCCAAGUCCUCUUAGUGUUAUUCAGUUCGUAAAUAAUAAAGGAUGGGGAAGAGUCAGCUCUAAGUUUCCAUUGUAAACCUUUUGCAAUAUAGAGCUUCCCUCCCUUUUUCCUUUUUUUACACACACAGUUCCGUUUGAUGUUAUAUUCCAUAUUUAUAAUCCAAUUUCUUUCAUCCUUGCAUAUACUGUACAAAUAUAGCUUGAACUAACAGUCAGAGGAGGGUUGCUGAAUCAUAAAUGUAGAGAAUUAAAUUUUAAGUAAAGAAACCAUAGGCUCCCCUCCCCCCCACCGUCUUUUUCACCAAAUGAAGUUUUAUUUCAAAUUCAAACCUUAAAGUCCUUGCAGUUGUUUAUGUUCCGCAGUUUGUGAUCUCAUCUUUGCUAGUACAACGCCUGUACUUUAGUCCAAUUAAGCUCUAAUUAAGGGGAGAACCUCUGCUUCUUAAUGGGUUUUCAGCAGACGAAGUGCUUUUGCACUCAGCGCCUCCCUGCCUCCUGCAAUUCAUGCCGGAGUGAGAGCCAGGUACCAAGACAAACUGUGAGUGAAGCCCAUUCCCCCCUGUCCCUGGGGGGAAUUUGCAAGGAUAAUUACCCUCAACCACCUUUGUUUUUCCUUCACCAAAGAUUUCCCGCUGUCACGGGGGCUGCCUCCAUUAAGGCAGAGUAGAACUGGAAGCUAUCUCUCUCUCUUUCCUUCCUAAUCAAGAGCUGAGCCACAUCUCGGUCACCCAGGGAAUAUGUCCCCAACCCCACAGGAGCACGGAAUGUGGUAGUGAGCCCAGAGCUCAUUUGCCUGAAAACCUCUGCUUUCUAAAAACAAAAACAGGAUUAGCAUAUUCGGGGCCACCAAGACACAUCUGGAAGGAUGUGGGCUUAUUUUUCAGAAUCCGCCGAAGUCAAAACAGGGUGUCUGAAAAUGGCUUUCAGAGCCUGGGGGCUAGGGAGGCCUCAUUGCUCUGCAGAGCAGCCCUUCUCCCUCUGCAUGACUGCCACACCAGACUUGUGCAAAAUUAGCCCAAAUCGCAGAAUAUGCUGUGCAAAAUAGGGAGGGGAAACCCAUCACAUUACUUAGCUCAAUACAUGUCGGCUGCAGACAUCAGCACUUCUCAGCGGUUGGGCAACUGAUGAGCAGGCAGAAGGUCCCAGCUGCAACCUCCAGCAGCUGCCGCUUCUUGCUUUCCGUGCUUCGGCGGAGAAUUUUUAAAUUUUAGCUGAGAAUAGCCACCACCCAAGGGCCUGCCUCUGCCUGGCCUGGUCCCCCGGUCACUUCUUCCUUCAGGGCCCACCACUGGAGGACUGUGCUUUGACCCUGUAAGGCACCCCUGGCCUUGCGGCCCAGAGAGGUCACCUCCUUCCCUGUUUCACUUCAGCCUCCACACAGCAACACGGCCCUGCCUGUCCAUGUUUUUAGCCAAAGACUGUAGUCAGAGCUGUGGUUACUGAGGGAGCUGCUUGGAGACCAGUGGAAAGGAAUCUCCAGCGACUUAAAGGGCUGCUGUUUCCCUCUUCCCUUUCGUUCAUUUUCCCUGCCGCUGUCUUAUUUCCUAGGCAGAAUGAUUCCGUAUGAAAAGACAAUUAUGGGAGAAACCUCACCAUGACUGUACUCUCUCUCACUUUGUGUUAUGUCACACCGCCUACAGCAGCCGUUUUAUGACGUACGCCCCCCACGCUUUCAAAAACGUGCCCCCCUGGUCCAAAAAGGUGGGCGACCUCUGCCUUUCAGCCUGCCUCUCUGCUUGAGUCAGAAAAGCCACAUCAGUCACUCUCUGAAUGCUGUGGGGUCCCCAUUGAGCUGUGAAGCCAGAUACGAGCACACAUUUGUCAUUUUUGGGUAGAAAGGAGCCCUUUUCCAUUUGCGGCCUUGCCACCACAUAAGCUGGGAAUAUUGUGGCCCGUGAAGGCCUUCCUCUUGUCUAGUCAAAGCCUCCAUUUAACUCUGGGGCAUUUGGGAAGUUGGUUUUGGAUCUGAAGAGUGCUGAGGUGGCUUUGAAGCUGAUCUCUUGAGGUUAGCAGGGACUUCUUUUUAAACAAAAAACAAAAUUCUCUCACCCGCCCCACGUUUGUCCUGGAAGACAAAUGGAGGGGUGGGUGGGGAGGCUUUUCACAUGGUCAGUAGUGACCCUGGCAGGGGUGGCGGCAGCAGGGUUGAGUUUUUGUUUUUGAAGAAAGGCGGUGGUUCUGUGGCAGAGCACCUGCUUGGCAUGCAGAAGGUCCCAUGCUCCAUUCCUAGCAACACCUCCAGUUAAGGCUGCAAAAUGGCCUGGGCCUGAGACCCUCACUGCUUGUCAGUACAGCCAGCCCUGAGCUAGAUGGACAGGAGCUUCAGCACAGAAGGCGCAAACUGGGAAUGGAAAUCAGAUCCUAUCCACAGAAUAGGAACUGGGGGGCAGCUGCGCAAAUCACUCACCUGUUUCUCUCUCUCUCCCCGCCCCCACUAGUGCCGCUUGGACAGUUGGCCCAGGAGGUGGAUGACUGCAGCUACCGCUACCCAGAGGAAGAAGAGGGAGGAAGCAAUGAAACAGCAGGGCUGACAGGGCAGCUCAUGGAAAAAAUCCCUUAGUGAGCCCCGGUGCCCAGGAUGCUUCUGAAGAUGCGACCUCUGAUGGGAAUUUGGGGAGGGUCAAAAGCAUCCAGCCUGUCUUCACAUGGCUUUGGCCUUUAUUAUUAUUUUAUUUUUGGUGUGGGGUGCAGGGGAAGGAGCUGGGAAAAUGGCCCUGAGGCCGACACCUGCACUGCAACUGCCCUUUCCUAUUUGAGCGCGUGGCAAAAACCCACCAGUAGCCCUGACUGAUCCAAGCAGUAGGUUUUCAGUGGGGAGGACAGAGCAGCAGCCCAACUCUCUCUUCCCCCAGGGCUGCACUCUAUCCAAUGAGGGUCUGCCCCUUCUGGGGGUUGCUUUUAUCACUAGGUGUUUUAAGCUGAGGCACCGACAUUUCUUGGGCUGAGCCGGCCCAGCAGACCUCCUCUCUUCACCCCAUCCCAGCAGAGCUAAAGCCCCCCAGACCCCAGUGAAGACCAUAACUUAUCUUACAGUUCCCAGACCCAACCUCCCUACCUCCCACUUUACCAUUUUUGCUCAGGGUUACACAGAUGACUCACGGCGGUGUGCUCUGCACUCUUUCCUUAACGUGGAGCGGCUGUGGUGACCGUGCCGACGGAAACUUCUGUGACGAACUGAGGUUUGAGGUCUUUGAUCUGCAAAGGGCACCCAGGCUGGUGAACCGCCUUCUUCCACCCUUGCUCUGCUUGCCUCUUGAAGGAUGUGCUAUUGCCACAUCGGGUGUGUGUGUGUGUAGAAGGCAGAGAUCCGGGACUUGGUUUCUCUCUAUGCUACCAACUGCUGGGGAUGGAAAAAGCUGAAACGGAAUAUGAAUAGGUCCACCUAUCAGCUGCACAUAUAACCCCCUCUGGAAAGAGUUUGUCCUGCUCAAGGCAAAGUCCAGCAGCUCCUGCUUUAAGAGAUACUCACUGACAAACCCAACAUCAGGCAUACAAGACAGUUGAGCCAGAGUUGCAAGAUGCUCAAGAUCAGGCAGGGUGUAAAGCAGAGAGAGGAACCAAAUGUGUCUCUGGCCUCCUUUGUAUGAGAGGAUGCAUUCCAGCCGUGCUAAAAGCCUCCCUUCUCCACUCUCUAGCCAGGGAAGUCACAAUCACAGCCCCAGCAUAGGGGCUGGCAAGGGUGUUGCCUGGAGGGACACAUUCAGCUGUGGGCCUGGGAUGCUCCCUAUUCCUCUUCUAGAUUAAUGGCACUUAGCUAUAUUUAUUUUGUCUUGCCGAGUUCAGUGAAACUUGCUCUCCCUAGGUGGGAGCCCUACAAUCCCUAGCCAACCUAGAAGCAGCAGGAAAUGGGUGCUGUGGUUUGGAUCCCUAGAUUGCAAAAAAAAAAACAACAACAAAAAACCCAACCCAAACAGUUGUUGGCUAUGGGUGGCAGUAGUGACACAAUGCAUCAGGGGAUGUGAGCAUCCUCCGACACGAGAGGGGUUUGGAAUUGCUUCCGCCCUGGGUUACGCAAAAUCACCCAGCCUCCUCGUUAACAAAGAGCGUUCUCAGCUGCUAUUUCACCAGCUAUUGACUUCAGGAAUUUUGGGGCCACAUAGGGGAAUAGAGCCCUAUUCCCCUCACAGAGCUAAUAUUCCCAGAGGACCCUGGGAAGAAGGAUUGAUAGUGAAAGCACUCUGAGACUCGUACCUCUGUGAGGGGAAUGGCGUCUCCUAACAGCUCUCAACACCGUUCCCAAGUUUCUUUGGGAAGCCAUGGCUAUUUAACAUGGUAUGAUAUUGCUUUACAUGUGCUGAUGGGGCCUAGUCCCAUCCUAGGACUGCUUUUAAAUUUAAGAUAGAAUUUAAGGUUUUAACUCUGCUCUAUUUUUAACGUGUGUUUUUUUAAUUAAAUAUUUAUUGGUUUACAGGAAAAAAAAAAAGGAUUUUGGGGGCAGCUGGGGAGGGCAGAAGAUUUGCCAAAUUCUGGGGGGGAAAUAAUGAUGUGUGGCAUCCCGAAAGCUCUUCCAAUCGGGGUUAGUUAUUUGUUCAUCAAGGACUGGGACUUGUAGAGUUCCCAGAAAACAGCUCACUUUACAUUAGGCUGACCAAAAGGUGGCACAAUCUGCUAAAGUAUGAAGCCCUGAGGCUUCGCUUGAAGUGCUUUCAAGGGCAUUUCGGAGAGCCUCUGUUUAUCCAAGUGCCUUUAAAUCCACCACUGCAACUGAUUGCUCACUGUAAGCUCCUUGUGGCCGGGAUCUGUUACCUUGUGCUCUGUAAAGCAGCCUUCCCUCAUCCACUGGGGCUGAUACUUCAGAGUUGCAUCCCCAAACAUUUGGAGGUUGUUGUAAGGCCCCAAAUACAUGAAUGGUGGCACUGCAUAGGCAAGGCAUCAUGUGUGCUGGUGAGGGUGCAUGGAAAGGGGGAAUCCAGUUUCUCCCUCAAGAUAAUUUCACAGGAUUAUAUUUUUUUCACAGGAUAUUUUUUUAAAGUGAUAUAUAUUUUUUUAACAAAAGCUUUGAUAAACAGUGUUAUAUAUAAUAUGUGGGGACGACAACAUUUUGAUAUACCUCUGAUACAAGCUCUAUCUGUUACUUGCUACUGUCAGGCUACGUAGAGAUAUGUAUUUUGUAAUAAAUUAAUGCUUUAAACAACUUUCCCCUGUGCUUUUGUUCUUCUUGAAAAGAUGAGGUGUGAAAGAGAACCUUCAUGGUCUAAGGGGCCCAUUAAGCUGAGAGGAAGCUUAAGGGGAGAGAAGAGAUGAUGAAAAUGUUAUUUUGAAUGUGUCUG